AUGGCUGAACCAGAAGCGAACAACGAAGAUGAUGACUACAUGGGUGACCUUUCUAGGUUUCUUCCUUCUGAUUCUAUUCAGCCUCCAAAUCCAAACACUAGUUCAAAAAGGAUUUCUGACAACAAAGGUCCUUCAAUAAACUCUUCCAAGAGCCAGUUGAAAGCACUAAACUGGCAAGAACGGCGAAAAAUUGAAAGAGAAAGGAAGCAAAUACAAGAGGAUGAACAAACAUUAGCAAAAGUGGAAGCUCCAAUCCCACAAUCCAACAUUGGGUUUAAGCUUCUCCAAAACAUGGGUUAUACUCCAGGUUCUGCCCUUGGCAAGGAGGGCUCGGGACGGGCUGAACCGGUAGGGAUUGAAAUUCGACGGUCACGAGCUGGUAUAGGCUUAGAGGAUCCUCAUAAGGAAAAAAAGAAAAGGGAGGAAAUCACAACCCACAGGAAAAGGAGGAAUGACGAGGCUCUGAUGGAAGAAUUUGGGUCUAGGCAGAAAUCGCGGUGGAAGAGUAGGAGAGUUAUUGUUAAUUUUAAUAAGGCUAAGGCUGCCCUUGACCAAUUGGAGAAUCGGGAAAUUGAGGAGCCGCCUAAGAAUGAGGAUGAUGCCGAGGGUGAAGAUGAAGAAGAGGAAGAAGAAGAAAUAACUGAAGAGGACUUGCUUGAUGUUUUGAUGAAACUGAGGGAUGAGUUCAAUUACUGCCUCUUCUGCGGAUGUAAAUAUGAAUCAAGUUCUACCCUCUUGGAUAACUGCCCUGGAAUCAACGAAGAUGAUCACUAA